AUGGCGAGUCCUAUAUUUCCCGUCAUCGAUUAUUCGCGGCUUGUUUCAACCGAUUCCGUAAUUGCUGCUGAAGAGAAAGACAAACUCUUUCAGUCCUUCCAUGAUGUUGGCUUCAUAUAUCUAAAAGGCCACAUCUUCACUGAUGACUUCAUGAAAACAAUCUUCUCCCACAUCCACAAACUUUUCGACCUACCAGAAGAAUAUAAACUCGCCAUCGAAGGUGACGAAAAAUCUGCUUUCCGAGGGUGGUUUGCACCAGUGCGCACCGCUCGUAAUCCUGAAACCGCAGAUCAGAAGGAGGCAUUUGGGCUGGGCAAUGACGCCGAUCCCACUCGUCCUAACCGGUGGCCGAAGGAAUGGCCUGAAUUUCGUGAUGACUGUUCGCGCUUUUUCGAGGAGUGCUUCCAGAUGCAUCUGGAGAUUCUGCGUGCGUUGACGGAGAAAGUCGGACUCCCUCGUGAGACCCUCGUCCCUUCAGUCCAGGCCAAGGAUUCCUAUACGGCUCUACUUUAUUAUCCCGAGACGACCGUCGAGAGUUUCGAUCAACGGGUGCGAUCGGCGCCUCACACAGAUUUUGGCACCCUGACUCUGCUCUUCAAUGACUCCAUUGGUGGCUUACAGGUGCGCAACAAGCAGGGAGAAUGGUGUGAUGCGCCUCCCAUUCCCGGCCAUGCGAUUGUGAACGUGGCGGACCUUCUCGCUCGCUGGUUCAACAACCGCCUGAAGUCCACUGAGCAUAGAGUUGUCGCACCCGCCGCGGAGACCCGUGUUCUGGCUGAUGGAUCAGUGACGAACGUAGUCCCUGCUCGAUAUGCUAUUGCCUGGUUUGGUCAUCCAAACCGUGAUGCCGUUAUCAAGCCCCUCGCCGAGUGCAUUGCCGACGAUUACCCACAACAGUAUGAAGCUGUUAUUGCGGGAAAGCAUGUCAAAGAGCGCAUGGCACGACUUCUGGACGAGGGAAAGCUCCCAGAGAAAUGGUCGGAUGAUAUGCACCGCAAAGAGGUGCCAGCAGCUUAA